AUGGCUACGUUGGCAGUUCACGAAUCAAUAUCAUCAGCAGCGGUAUUUCCCAAUAAUCAAUCCGUUGUUGUUACUGCAAAUGUGUCAGACAACGAAGUUUUGCCACAGUCCUACAAAAUUCAACUUCCUAUUUGUCCAUUUUGUAUUACAGCUCCGUGUGAUAUACUGAAUCAUCUUAUGACUCUCGGAUUCUGUAUGAUAAUUCCGAUAGUUGAACUUGUCUUUGGAAGCGCAACAAUGAAAUCAGCUAUAAAUACAUGUAAGCAUUUGAACGUCAAAUCGAUAAUUGUUGCUGUUCCAUGUGGUCCUGACGAUAUUGUCGAGGAGAUUCGUCCAUUCGUUAAUAAAAUAAUAUGUUUGACAACACCCCAUAGUUAUCGUGCUGUUGGACAAUGCUACUACUCAUUCCCACAAACAACGGAUGAAGAAGUUAUUCAAAUCAUGAAAAAAUAUCAAGAUUUAACUAUAUUUUAUUAA